AUGAAUUAUAUUUCUAUUCUAUUUAUAUUAUCAAAUAUUUUAUUAUCCGUUCAAGCAAUACUUCCAGUUUGUGAUUCUGGAAUGAAAUCAUACUAUUUUCCGACCACUGCCAAGAAUGUUUUGUUUGCUGAAAUAACAAUAGUUGGUUGGAAUGGAAUAUUUGAUAUUGAAAUUAUUCUAUCAGCUGGUGAUACAGUAUUAGGAGGUUAUGGUGCCGGUGAUUCAACAACACUCUCUGUAAAUGAAUAUCGAGGAUUUUCAUUCGUAAAUGGUAACACCACAAAUGCAUGGACAAUUAAAAAUCUGUUUUCACUAUCGAUAGGCUCACAGUUUCAUGGUGGUUCCUCUAAUCUAUUAAAUGGAGUCAGAGCACCCGGGGUUUAUUAUCCUUCUUAUGAUGGUUUGAAUGGUGCCUCUAAAGGAAAUGAAGAAAAUCUAAAUAAUCAGAUGAACUUUCUUAAUAAUCAAGCUAUUCGAUAUUAUGGAUCAACCAAUUUCCAAAACAAAUGGAAACUUUUGAAUAUUUAUAUUGGAAUAUUCAAAGCAUGUAGCAUGUGUACUUCAAUCGAUGCAGAAUUUCAAUUGAACCCAGUAUAUUGGGGAUCAUAUUAUCUUGAAAUUUUAAAUAAUAUCACUAUAUCAUUCAACCACAGAACAAUCAUCAAUAUGAUUGCAUUACCACAAUUAAAUCAAUGUAAUGACACUUCCUCCAAUUGCAAGAUCUAUAAUCAAAACAAUAAUAUUUGUCCUUGCCUGUGGACACAAUCAUCUACAGUUUUGACUGGUAUCAUCAAUGCUGCCAACCAAGGAAUGAGAAAUGCCAUUCAAACAUGGAAAUCAAACGUCGACCAACAAACAACAACAGUUGGUGUCAUCUAUCAACCAUUCUUGGUGAAUACAACAUUCCCAGCAUCGUUGCUCUCACCCGUCGACUGUUUCCAUCCAAACAGCGAUGGUCAUAAACUGAUGACCGUUGGACUAUGGAAUAAUCUUCGACAGAAAUCCGUUAAAUCAGGAUCUGUCUCUACAAGUGAUUCAUUGAUCUGCGAGGAAACAUUUGAUUCUCUAUAUGAUGAAACAUCACCUUAUUAA